GGCCACCGUAGGCUGCUUGCAAGAUGGCGGCCUCCGUCUUCACGGGUGCCUUGAGAGCUGCCUCAGGAAUAUUCCGUCCCCUGAAUGUGUUGGCAUCUUCAACCUUUCGGAACUGUGCCAAGAAUACCUGUCUUAAUUCUGCACUGUGUGCCGCUCAUGUUAGACACACUCAGUCAUCAGCUGUUUCCUCUGCCCCAAGACUUGUCACAUCUGUCAGACACCUGGCAUGUGGGCCUACUGCAGAAGUCCUUAAUAGAGUGGCCGCAUUGGUUCCCAGUGUCCUGAAGCCGCCGGUCAGAACUCUAACAUACUGCAGCUCGCGGAAAGGCAAGAGAAAGACAGUAAAAGCAGUGGUGCAUCGGUUCCUUCGACUGCAUUCUGGCCUCUGGCUAAGGAGGCAGGCUGGCUACAAGAAAGCAUUAUGGAAAAAGUCAACUGCAAGAAAGAAGCGCCUGAGGGAAUUUGUGUUCUGCAACAAGACCCAGAGUAAACUCCUAGAUAAAAUGACAACAUCUUUCUGGAAGAGGCGCAACUGGUACGCUGGUGAUCCGUACCAGAUGUACCAUGAUCGAACGAACCUGCGAGUAUAGGUCAGAGCUUUCAUAGGUUCCCAGCUAUGGAAUGUGGAUCUUUGUGUAAAAGUGAGCCUGUGUUAAACUGUAAACUGUACCAACUGAUAGGCAAGCAUAGAAUAUCCCAUUGUGCUUUAAAACCCAAUACACUAAACAGUGCAUUGGUCAUGGAACUAAAAGUUAAAAAUUUUGUGUAUUAUUUCCAACAAAUGGUAAUAGCUUUCCUCAUUCCCAUUAGUUUCAAGGAAUCUCAAGUGAGGAAAAAUAUAAAAAGACACUGAAAACAGUGGGCCUUUUUGUGGGAUUGAGAUUGUAUCCAGACCUUGUCCAUGCUAAACAGACAUCCUGGAUGCCAGUUUCCAACAUGACACCUCACAGUUUGAUCUCCUACGUGAAACUGCCCCACCCCAGCUUUGGGAAGGCCAGAUUGGGUAGAGCAGGAGACGGUGGGACUUCAUGCCCUGGCUCUACCGUGUGUGUGGGGCUCUAUACCAUCAGUCUUUAAGCUUGGCUUUUGCUUAUGUAAAGUUUAUGCUCCCUCAGACUGACUUCAUCUUGAACCUUUGAACCAUUACAACCAUCAACUCUGUUAUCUCAUCUAUUGUAACUGACAAGGGACGCUAAGCGGGCCAGCUUACCUUUCAAUUGUACUCUUAAUCCAUGCCACCAUGCAGUGGAGAGCUUGCCUGUUCGUGGGUCAGGAUCUCACGCAGGCUCUCUUAGUUGUAUCAGCCAGCUUGUAUGAAGUCAAAAAGUAGUUGUUAGCUAUUAUGCUUAGAGGUAACACGGGGUAGCAGUGCACUUUCAUCCCGUGUCCUGGGUUCUUCGUGUUUAUGACUGUUAUCAUUCAUUUUAUUGUAAAAAAGUACUUUUCAUAAGUAAAUCACCUUUACAGAUACCCUUCUUGAAACACAUAGCUCUGCAAUAAAUUUCUGCCCAAUUUUUUUUCAACUUUUUGUUUUUAAUGUAUGAGUGUUUUAUCUCUGUGUAUGCAUGUGCACAUACACAUAUGUGCCUGGAGCCUGGUGCCCUUGGAGGCCAGAAGAGAGCUGUUGGGUCCACCGGCAUUGGAAUUAGAGAUGGUUGUGAGCCACCAUGUGGGUGCUGGGAGUUGAACCAGGGUCCCCUGCAAGAACAGCCAAUUUUUAAAUGCUGAACUGUCUCUCCAGCCCUCUGCCCGGUUUUUCAGAGGCACUAUAUAUAUAUUUUUUAAAGUGUAUCCACUUAAGAUUUCUUAUUUUUAUUUAUAAGGAUAAGCUUUUUUCCCAGAAUUCUCUAAAAAUGCACUGUGGAAACUAAGGGGAAAGUAAUACCUGUCAUUUGAUGAGACUAAUGUGCCGCCAGCUGUGCUCGAAGGGCAACAAUGAAUGGAUGAUAAUUCAUCUUAGAAAUAAUGACUCCAUGGCUAUUUCACCGCGAAUGCACGUGAUUUUGUUUGCUCUCAAAUCUACGCAGGGUCAGGCCUAACGAGUGGCAAGUGAUGGCUACAGUCUAAGACAGUGACUCUUAGCUCUCACACUAGAAUUAUCUGGAAGCAUCUUUAAACAAAUGAGCUUGCCUAGCUGCAAGCUCUCAUUAAAUAAAUUACUAUUUGAAAUCUGUUGAUGAUAACAUGAAAUUCCUCCAUUUAGUAGAGUAAGAUAAUCAUUGGGGGUUUUACGGCAUGUCAGGCUAGGAAUUUGAGGGCCAUUCAUUGAAGCAGGGGUGUGUUCACUAAAUGGAGAGCGAUGGAGAAUGUCAGGAAACCAGAAGGCCAAGUAUGGAUGUAUUUGUGGGACCAGGUAAUGGAGAGCGGAUGUGCACUGGAGCACCUCGUACACCCAGUGUCUUCUGUUCUGCUGGCUCUUCCUGUGUUCACGCUCCUGAAGUGGCAGAAGCUGAGCACUGGGAGGCUUUUGUAUCUCCUCGCCUGCGCAGCUCCGGCUUCUCGUACAGCUGUGGCACUGGGAAGAGCUGGUGCAGAAGCUGAGAAGGAAGACUGUCCAGCCUUGUACUCCUGUAGAGUCAAUGUAGAUGAUUCGGGUCUGUUACAUGGCCUCAGCACCUGGGCCCUUUCCUACCCCUGCCCUCCCACUUGCCUGUGGCCAAGGACAGGCUAGACAGAGAAGGACCAGCAAACACGGGCUGAAGUAGAAGGGCAGCAGGCUGCAGGCACACUGUGUAUGCAAAAGGAGUUUCAUACAAACAGCUUUUGUUUAUGGCUAGUGGAGCCUUUCUUCAAAGCUGAGUUUCUAUUUUGACAGUAAAGCACUUUGCAUUAGGCCUGCCUGAAUGAUGUUCAAGGAUAUGCAUACUUGUUUAUCCACAUGUGAUUUAUUGAACACUUGCUCGAUUUGAGCAUAUCUGUAAAACUGCUGGACCUCAUGCCAACCUUAUGAAAGAGCUACCAUUUAUCCCUGAUAUAAAUUGGGGGCAACUAAAGCUUAUAGAGGCUUAAUUUCCGAAAUACAGCAAAUGCAUUGCAGAAUGUAAGGAUAAGCCUUUUUCGCCAUUGUUCUCUAAAAACACAUUGUGGAGACAAAAGAGGAAAAAUGAUGCCUGCUGUUUGAUGAGACUGACGUGUCUAGCUCCCUUGGGAUCUUGUGUACUUCCUUUGAUUUCUCACAGCGUAGGAUAUUCAUGUCUUAAUCAACAGAUGCCUGGGAUCUGACACUAGCAGUAAACACUUCAUAACUCUUCUA